GGGCGGGGGUCCGGGCCGCGGGGCGGGGCGCCGGCCGUGAGGUAACUUCCGCGCCGGCCCGCGUCAGCCUGAGUCACUGGGGCAGAAUCGGAACCGAAAGUGGCCGCGCCGGGCGGGGCGAUGGGCCGCGGCGGCCGCGCAGGACGGCGUCUCCUGGUGGGGCAUCAGCCCCUGUGGACCUGCUGACCCAUGGCCCAUGACGCUGCCUGUCGAACCCGGCCUGCACUGGGCACAAUGUCCCCUGGGACCGGCCGGGCGCCUACGGGCGCUGUGGCCCACAAGGAGCCCUGCCUGGCCCGGCUGCAGGCGCAGGUGGACCUGUCCCUGGCCUGCCCCCGCUGCACGCAGCGGCUGAACGAGAGCACCUACCUGCUGCGCGGCGUGGAGCACGAGUGCCCGCGGGAGAUCCUGCUGGCCCGCCGGAAGGGCGCGGCGCCCAGCAGGCCCUGGCGCAAGGUGGACCGGCGGCCCAGCUUCCCGCGCCCGGCGCGGUACGAGGUCUGCCGCUACUACAAGCCGGGCCUGGGCUGCCGGCGCCACCGCAACCAGUGCACCUUCGCACGCAGCCCCGAGGAGGCGCUGGUGUGGACGUGUGAGCGGGAGCUGGGCGUGGGCCGGCCUGGGCUGAAGGCCGCCCUGCUGGGGGGCGCGGCGGGGGGCAGCCCCGCCGACGCCAUCCGCGCUGAGUUCGGCGGCUGCUUCCAGCUGCUCUGCACCCACUGCUUCCGGCGCUCCCCUCCCCGCCUCAGCCCCGUCGACGCCCAGGGCCGGUGUGGCACCCACAGGGCCUGCCCGGCCCUGCUGGCGCACGUCAGCACCGACGGCCACCGCAAGCAGCAGGUGGUGGAGGUGCGGGCGCAGCCGCAGUACGGCCAGCCGCUGGCCUACUGCAGGUUCGUGGGCCGCGGCCAGCCGUGCAGGCACGGGGCGGCGCGCUGCCAGUACGCGCACAGCGCCGUGGAGAUGGCCGUGUGGGAGGCCGAGCAGCUGGGCGGGCUCCAGCGGGGGGCCCUUCUCGCGCCCCCUGAGCCGGCCCCCCAGGUGCGGCUGUACUGCCCGGCCUGCCUGCUGUCCUGCGGCUCUCCCGAGGCCUUCGAGAACCACUGCGCCUCCCUGGAGCACAGGCAGAUGGUGGCCCUGGAGCCGGCCGCCGCCUGGGAGCACCGCAGCCCGCCCGCAGGCCUGUCCACCUUCGCGCUCUGCCCCAGGCCCGAGCUCUGUGAGUACGGACGGCUCUGCACCAAGGCCCACUCCCCGGAGGAGCUCAUGGAGUGGACCCAGAGGGCUGAGAGUGUGCGGCUGCGGGAGGAGGCGGCCUGGAAGGAAGGGCUGAUGCCCUACCAGGAGCGGCUGCUGGAUGAGUAUCAGCGCAGCGGGAGCGAGCUGCUGGUGCUGGCCGAGGCGGUGGAGGGCGUGUCGGCUGCCUGUGACCAGCCCCUGCUGCUGCGGGCAGCCCACAAGGUGACGCAGCACAGCUGGACGUUCACCCUGAGCUCCGAGGAGCCCCUGCAGCACGUGGCCCUGCUCAGACAGGAGCCCGGAGCCGCCUUCUCGCUGGUGGCCCCUGGCCUGCCCCCGGGGCAGCAGUAUGCCUGCGGCGAGCGCUUCCGGACGCCCGACUCGCCCCUCCGGGCUCGGGUGGCCGUGCAGGUGCUCGGCGCCUCCUUCGGCACCUUUGAGCAGUGGCUGGUCUUCGAUUUCGGCCGCCGGCCUGCGCUGCUGCGGAAACUGACCGUGCAGCUGGGCCAGGAGCUCUGCCCGGCACUCGGGGGGCCCCCCGCCCCCGACCUGCCGCAGCCGCUGGAGCACUGGCACACGGGCAACCGCCAUGUCGUGCCCAGCGUGGAGCGGACCGCCGAGCAGGCAGCCCUCUUGGCCAAGUACAAGGGGCCUGACCUAGCCCUGGACUUCAGCCGUGGCGGCCAGGCCCCGGGGCCGGUGUCCCGCACCAGCUACCGGCAGAGGAUGCACCAAUUUCUCUACGAGGAGGAGGCGGCACAGCAGCGACUGGUGGCCAAGCUGAACCUGCGGGGUCCAGUGUCCCUCCAGCCAGCCCUGCAGACGCCCGCGCUGGGCAUGCAGUUUGCGCCCCCGGGCGCCCUCUACGCGGAGGUGCCCGUGCCCCCCUCCCUGACGCCGGACUCGGACCAGGGCUUCUUGCUGGGCCGGGCAGUGAACACCGCGCUGGUGGCCCCGGUGCCUGCCCCGGACCUCACGGUGUUCGAGGUGCGGCUGGAGAGCCGGGCCAGCUGGGAGCGGGCCCUGUGGCUGCUGCUGCCCUCCCACUGCUGCCAGGCGCUGGGGCUGCAGGCCGGCACCAGCUGCACCCUGGAGGUGCAGUUCCAGGUGGACCCCCUGGUCUUCCGCCGCUGGCACCAGGCAGUGGACGCGCUGGCCGACGUGCGCCUGGUGGUGCCCGACCUGCAGGGCUGUGCGCUGCCCCGGCCCCUGCCCCGCCCGCCCACGGUGCACGGCAACCGCAAGCAGAAGCUGGCCGUGGCGGCCAUCGUGGGUGGCCACCCCGGCGGCCCCGAGCCCAUGGCCCCCCUGCUCAUCUACGGCCCCUUCGGCACGGGCAAGACCUACACGCUGGCCAUGGCGGCCCUGGAGGUGGUGAGGCAGCCGCACACCAGGGUGCUCAUCUGCACACACACCAACAGCGCGGCCGACAUCUACAUCCGGGAGCACUUCCACGGCCACAUCCUCAGCGGCCACCCCGAGGCAGCACCGCUGCGGGUGAUGUUCACGGACCGGCCGCCCGGGCAGACAGACGCAGUCACGCUGCAGUACUGCUGCCUGAGCGCCGACCGCCAGGCCUUCCGGCCGCCCAGCAGCGCCGAGCUGCAGCGGCACCGCAUACUGGUCACCACCACGGCGCAGGCGCGGCAGCUGCGGGUGCCCACCGGCUUCUUCUCGCACAUCUUCCUCGAUGAGGCCGCCCAGAUGCUGGAGUGCGAGGCGCUGGUGCCGCUCGGCCACGCCACGGCCAGCACCCGCGUGGUGCUGGCGGGUGACCACAUGCAGGUCACGCCCCGGCUCUUCAGCGUGCCGCGGGACCAGGCGCCCGGCCACACGCUGCUGCACCGCCUCUUCCGGCACUACCAGCAGCAGCCGCACGAGGCCGCCCAGCACAGCCGCAUCAUCUUCCACGAGAACUACCGCUGCACCGAGGCCAUCAUCCACUUCGUGGCGCGGCACUUCUACGUGGCCAAGGGCAACCCCAUCCACGCCAGCGGCAAGGUGCCGCGCCACCCCCGCCUCUACCCGCUCAUGUUCUGCCACGUGGCGGGCUGCCCGGAGCGCGACCUGUCCAUGACGUCCUGGCUCAACCUGGCCGAGAUCAGCCAGGUGGUGGAGAAGGUGCAGGAGAUCGUGGGCGCCUGGCCACGCUGCUGGGGCGGCUGCGAGCAGACGCAGAUCUGCGUCGUCUCCCACGGUGCCCAGGUGAGCGCGCUGCGGCAGGAGCUGAGGAAGCGGAGCCUGGGCCAGGUGUCCGUGGGCAGCUUUGAGAUCCUGCCAGGCCGUGAGUUCCGCGUGGUGGUCCUCAGCACGGUGCACACCCACCGCAGCCUGCGGGGCCCGGGCGCGCCCAGCCCUGACUUCUUCGUCGACGCGCGGGUGCUCAACACCAUCCUGACCCGUGCCCAGUCGCAGGUGGUGGCCGUGGGCGACGCCGUGGCCCUCUGCUCUUUCGGGGCCUGCAGCAAACUGUGGAAGAGCUUCAUCCGGGAGUGCGUGGAGCACCACAGUGUCUGCCCCCAGGACCUGUCGCUGGAGCAGAUCGAGGGCGGGGUGGCCGCCCAGCGACGCUGGGCCCACGGCCCCCUGGACAUGCCGGCACCCCAGGGCCCAGCUGCGGGCACCGCGGCUGAGGGGGCCGCGUGCCCCAGGAGCCCUGCCGGGGGUGGGCCUGUGGCCGAGCCGGAGGCGCCAGGUCCCGAGACAGCAGCCCAGACGGCCUCUGGGGAGAGGGAGGAGGCGGCCGCAGUGGCCGGGCCACUGGCCAUGGAUGAGGGGGCGCUCUCGGGCCCCGGGGAUGCCGAGGAGGCCGAGUCCGACUUCUGGCUAUUCCAGGGGGAGCUGGACCCCGAGGACUCCAUCCUGCAGGAGCUGCUGGACGAGAGUGUGAAGAUGGCUGUGACAGUGCGGGAGGACGGGCUGCUGGACACGGUGGCCCGACCCAGGUCCCCACAGCAGGCCCGGCAGUACGUGAACCUGCCGCGCGCCAUGCUGUGCACGCUGCUGCGUGCCGAGCCUGAGCGGUACCGGCGCUGCACCUUUGUGCAGGAGACCUUCGAGAGGGCCACGGCGGUGCCGCUGGACGAGGCGGGCUCAGGGCCCAUCCAGGUGCGGGGCCGCCUGCGCUGCGGCAUGGCCUUCACGGGGGACGAGGUGGUGGUGAAGGUCGGCGACGUGGGCCCUGGGCGGCUGCAGGGCUGUGUGGUGGGCGUGCUCCGGCGCCGGCGGCAGGAGCUGGUGUUCGUCUGCCGCAUGGACGAGUGGGACCCGCGCAUCAUGACCCCCAUCGACGGCUCCGUGACCAAGAUCUUCGUGGCAGAGCUGAGGGACCCGCAAGAGGUGCCUCUGCACCGGCUGGUGCGGGGCCGCCUGGAGCGCGCGGGGACGGAGCGGCUGGCACACAGCGCUCGCCGCAAGCGGCUCUUCCGCGUGUGUGUGGUGCUGUGGCGCGAACGCUUCUACUUCCCGCUGGGCGUCGUGCUGGAGGUGCUGCCCGAAGCGUCCAGCUGGGAGCACGGCAUCCACGCCCUGGCCCUGGAGUACAGCCUGAGGCCCCCGGCCCCGGAGCCCGCCGCCAUUGCCGCGGCCCUGCAGAAGUACCAGGCAGAGCUGGGCAGGGUGUCUGCCCGCCGGCAGGACUGCCGCGGCAUCCUCACCUUCACCGUGGACCCGCAGGACGCCUGCAACCUGGACGAUGCCAUCAGCGUCCGGGACCUGGGCCCCAGGUACGAGGUGGCCGUGCACAUCGCCGACGUGGCCAGCUGUGUGCCCAGGGGCGGUGUCUUGGACACCGAGGCCCGCAGGCGGGGCACGGCCUUCUACGCCCCCGAGCGGGAUCCUGUGCCCAUGCUGCCCACCAGCCUCUGCCAGCAGGCGCUGAGCCUCCUGCCCGGCCAGGACCGCCUGGCCAUCUCCCUCUUCCUCACCGUGGAGAAGGGCAGCGACCGGCUCAAGGACGUCUGCUUUGCACCCUCGCUGGUGCGCUCCGACCGGCAGCUGUCCUACGAGGAGGCGGAGAGGCUCAUCCAGCAGCACCCGGGGGCAGGCCUCGAGCUGCCCGCCCGCCUGGACUCCGUGGCCGCCUGCGUGGUGGCCGCCUGCUACCUCUCCCGGGUGCUGCGCGGGCGCCGGCUGCAGCGCGCCUGCUACUAUGAGCCCCCGGACGAGGACAGUGAGCUCGGCUUCCGCGCGGCACACAGCAUGGUCAAGGAGUACAUGGUCCAGUUCAAUAGCCUGGCGGCUGAGUUCCUGGUGGGCAGCGAGGUCACACGGGAGGUCACGCCGCUGCGCUGGCAGCCGGCUCCCAGCAGACAUCAGCUGGAGACGCUGAGUGAGAAGCACGCGGCCUGGCUGCCCCUCUCGCUGCCCCUGGCCCAGCGUCUGGGCGGCCACGGGCCCCCGGCCGCCCAGCUGCCCCUGCUGGCCACCCUCUGGAGGCGCAUCCAGCUCGCAGCCCAGGCCGGGGACCUGUCGCUGCUGGUGGACCUGGUGGCCACGGAUGACCUGCACCCCGCACUGGUGCCCGUGGCGCUGGACUUCCACCGGGCACUGGCCCGCUCUGUGUUCUGCCGCUCUGGGCCGAGCCCGCAGCCACAGCUGGGCCACUACUCCCUGCAGGUGGACUGGUACACCUGGGCCACCUCGCCCAUCCGCAGGUACCUGGACCUGGUGCUGCAGCGGCAGCUGCUGCAGGCACUGGGCUACGGGGGCGCCGCCUACAGCGCCCAGGACAUCGACGAGCUCUGCCAGGAGUUCAGCCACCGGAACGCGCGUGCCCAGACCUAUCAGCGCCGGGCCAGGAGCCUGCACCUGGCCGUGAGGCUCAGGGCCCAGCCCCAGGCCAAGCUGGGCGUGGCGGUAGAUGUGGAGGCGGGCGCCCGCUGCUUCAAGCUGCUCUUCCCUGCCGACCCCGACAGCCUGCCGGACCCCUGCCGGGUGCACUACCGCUCCUUGCAGCUGGCCGAGCCCCCACAGGCCCUGGAGGGCCAGCCGGGCCUGCGGCUCACGUGGCAUCGCCGCAUCUACUCGGUGCGGGAGGACACGGCGUGCCUGCCGCCUCCCGGUGCCCUGCUGGACCCCUACCGCCGGCCCGUGGACUCGGGCCUGUGGCAGCAGCUGUUGGAGCUGGUGCAGGAGCAGUGCUGGCCGGAGGCGGCCGCCCUGGUGCAGGCGCAGGGCACGGCAGAGCCGAAGCCGCUGGAGCUGGGCCACGCGCGGCGGAGCCCGUGUGGGCUGUUCGUGGAGGUCUCCCGCGACCUGCGUGCCGGGGACGUGCUGUGCAUGCAGCUGGGCCCCGCCCUGCAGCAGGGCUUCCUGGCGCCUGCACCGCAGCUCUGGGCCGUGGUGCCCGGCCUCAGCCUGUGCCUGGAGCACAUGGAGCGCCCAGGACACUGCUUCUCGGGCCUCGAGCUCCAGACGGGGCGGGACCGCUGCCAGGAUGUGGCCGAGUACAUGAGCGUGUGGAGGCCGUUCUGCGCGCUGGAGGCGGUCACCGGCGCGGUGACUGAGAACGACUCCAUCACGCUGCAGGGCGUGCACAUCUCCUGGGGCCCGGAGCGCACCUCGCAGGGCCGGCUGCAGGGCUCCUUCCGCCUGGGCGCCGACCUCCUGCUCCGCCACUGCAUCAACAUCAGCUUCAGCCACUGCUACCUCUGCAUCCGGCUGGAGGGGCUGCAGCCAGCCCAGGCCCCCGCCGGCCCAGGCCCGGCGGCCCCCUUCACCACGGAUCCUGACGCCUUCACCUGGGUGGCCCACGGGCUGACGGGCACCGAGGACCAGGAGGGUCGGGACGUUGCCAGAUUCGUACCCUUCUUCGUCCAGCACAUGGCCAUGGAGAAGGUCCCAGAGCAGGUGCUGAAGCCGGACGCCCGGUUCACCGUCGAGGUGCUGCCCAAGCAGCUCCCUGACCUCCGUAAGGAAGAGGCCGUGUGUGGGCUGGAGGAGGCCUCCCCGCUGGUCAUCAGCAUCGCCCUCGGCCAGCCCCUGGCGCUCCCCCGCCGGCAGCUCCCGCACAGAGGUGAGGGGCCUGCCCCAGCGUCGCCCAGGUGUGGCCCGAACCUGCUCAGAGACGCCCCCUCCUCAGGGACCUGCAGCAGGCUGCUCGGGCAGAGACACUUCGACAUCCCUCACAGCCGCCAUCAGCUGAACCCCAGCCAGACGGAGGCCGUGCGGGAGGCCCUGAAGAAGCAAUUCACAGUCAUCCAGGGCCCACCAGGCACGGGGAAGACUGUGGUGGCCCUGCACAUUGUCUUCUGGUUCCACAAGUCCAACGAGGAGCGGGCGCUGGCCAGGAGCGGCCCGGGCAGGAGGAAGUACCCAGGGGGCCCCCACAUCCUCUACUGCGGACCCUCCAACAAGUCGGUGGAUGUCUUGGCAGGUCUGCUCCUGAGCAGGGCGGGAGAGCUGAAGCCCCUCCGUGUGUACAGCGAGCAGGCCGAGGGCACCGAGUUCCCCCUGCCCGGCGUGGGCAGCAGGGGCCUGUCCAGGAGGAGCCCCGGGGAGGGGCGGCCAAACCAAGCCCUCAGGAGCAUCAGCCUCCACCACCGCAUCCGGCAGCCGCCCAACCCCUUCGCCUCGGACAUCAAGGCCUUUGACGCGCGGCUGCGGAGCGGGGACAUCCUGUCCAGAGAGGAGCUCGCGGAGUACCGGAUGGUGCUGAGCAACGCACGGAGCUAUGAGCUGGAGCAGCACCACGUGAUCCUCUGCACGUGCUCCUGCGCGGCCUCGGCCAGCCUCAAGAGCCUGAACGUGUGGCAGGUGCUGGUGGACGAGGCCGGCAUGGCCACCGAGCCCGAGACGCUUAUUCCCCUGGUGAAGUUCCCCAGGGCCGAGAAGGUGGUCCUCCUUGGGGACCACAAGCAGCUUCGGCCCGUGGUCAAGAACGAGCAGCUGCAGACCCUGGGACUGGACCGGUCCCUCUUUGAGCGCUACCACAAGGACGCCUUCAUGCUGGACACGCAGUACCGCAUGCACAAGGGCAUCUGUGCCUUCCCGUCCAUGGAGUUCUACCAGAACAAGCUGAAGACAUGGCCAGAGCUCCGGCGGGGGCCCAGCGUGCUAGGCCAUCCCGGCAGGGACAGCUGCCCUGUCAUCUUUGGCCACAUCGAGGGCCACGAGCAUAGCCUGCUGGUGUCCACAGAUGAAGGGAAUGAGAACUCCAAAGCCAACCUGGAGGAGGUGGACAAGGUGGUCCACAUCACCAAGGAGCUGAUUCUGGGGCGCACGGUGCAGCCCGAGGAAAUCGCCAUCCUCACGCCAUACAACGCUCAGGCCGCAGAGAUCAGCAAGCUCCUGGCCUCCAAGGGCCUCCGGGGAGUGACUGUGUCCUCCAUCACCAAGAGCCAGGGCAGCGAGUGGCGCUACGUGCUGGUGAGCACCGUGCGCUCCUGUCCCGAGGCCGACGUGGACCAGCGGCCCACCAAAGGCUGGCUGAAGAAGUUCCUGGGCUUCGUGGUGGACCCCAAUCAAGUGAACGUGGCCAUCACCCGUGCCCAGGAGGGGCUCUGCCUCAUCGGAAACCAGGUCCUUCUGCGCUGCUGCCCGCUCUGGCGCCGGCUCCUAGAAUUCUGCGAGGAGCAGCAGAGCUUGGUGCCGGCCACCCAGAUCCAGGUCCGGAAGAAGCCUGCUGUUUCCUUCUGAAAGCCCAGCUCCUGCUCUUGCUCUUCCUGGACACCGCGGGGAAGUCCCGGGCCGCGGGCGGGGCCUCUGGGCGCAGGAAGGGCGGCCCGCUGGGGCGCCUUGAGCCCGGGGCCGUGAAGGCCGCCCCGCACCAGGGCUGCCCGGGAAGCUCUCGGUCUUAUUUUCUGCUUCGGGAAGCCCCGCAGGCCCCUCCGCACCUCUCAGGGCAAGGAGCCCCUCCCCGGACCCGGACGGGAGGCCCUUCUCCCUACCUCUGCCGGCUCGGGGGUCCAGGCCCGCGCCCACCCCUCCUCCUGGCCACUCAGCUGCUGUGCAAUACUCCGGGGCGGCCUGCGGCGUGCGGCCCCCGCCCCCGCCCCCACCCCUCCCCCAGGCAGCUCGGGGCCCGUGCAAUUCCCCUCCCCGCCGCGUGGCGGCGCUGCGCGCUCCGUCUACACGCACAGGGCCUACCGCCGCGGUGCCGGGAAGUGUCUGUGAUUCUGAUGUUUUUUACAAAUCAUAUUUCUACAUUCCAAUUUUUAUGUAUUUUCUUGAACUCUGACUUAUAUGAUCGAAUCUUAAUUUUUAUUAUAAAGACCAUUCUGAAAACUA